CUUGUCUUCCCUUUCUAACCGACGCCGUGCCUGCUAUACCUACGUGCCCGACUCGUGUCUCUCGCUCUUAGAUGUCCUAGGCCCAUCGUUCGCCUCAGUAGUCAAGCCAGGAUGGCCGGCGAUAGGCUAACCCCAGCAGACACGGAUAUGCCUGGCGGGUUUCCGGAAACACCAUCCUCAUCUUCCCUUCACUUACCCGUCGCUCCCGCCGCCCCCGCCGCCACUACCGCUGCUAUACCGCGAGAGUUCCCGCUCGUCAGCAGGGCAACCCCCCCGUCCGUCGCACCUCGGCACGCGGGCAGUGGCAUACUUCUAGAAAACCGACAUAAUAGGUCGGAUGCCGGUUUUGCUGACGGGACUGCCGCCACCUUGAACACAGAGGACGCCAAGUCCAGUGACACCAUCGCUUCCUCCUCUGGGCACACUGUUGCCGUCGCUGCUUCGCCGAGCAUGGCCACUCUAGGCGAGGGCGGUCGAAGAACUGUCCAAUCAGCUGUGGGCGAGUCGUCCUCCGACGAGUCCGAAGAAACAGAGAUCGAGCCUCGUUUCGAACCUAUUAAGUCAACGACGGGGCAAAUACAUGUCGAGGACGGACAAGAAGUCGAGAAGACCGAAGAGGACCUGUUCAGGGCCAUAUCCCGGCGGCGAAGCUCAGCCUCUCACCCCGAGUCUCGGGAAGAGCACGAUGAGAUCGAGCAGUUAAUGUCGCGCAUGUUUGGCGAAGCCCGGCAACAGCUCAGUGAAGAGGAGAAGAGUAAACACUCAGGCGUCGUAUUCCGAAACCUUACGGUUAAGGGGGUUGGCCUAGGGGCCAGUCUACAACCCACCGUCGGCGACAUAUUUUUGGGUCUGCCGAGAUUCCUCCUCAAUCUCGUGAGCAAAGGCCCCAAGGUGGCCGCAGGGAAACCGCCUGUGAGGGAGCUGCUCACCAACUUCAACGGCUGCGUACGCCCCGGAGAGAUGCUUCUAGUCCUUGGCCGGCCAGGGUCGGGCUGCACAACAUUUCUAAAAACAUUCUGCAACCAACGAUCAGGGUUCCAGGAUGUGGUGGGCGAUGUGACAUACGGCGGCGUGGAUGCCAAACGCAUGGCUAAGGACUUUAGAGGCGAGAUUAUUUACAACCCCGAAGAUGACUUGCAUUAUGCUACGUUGACAGUCAAGCAGACCCUGACGUUUGCUCUCCGCACACGUACCCCCGGAAAGGAAUCACGGAUGGAGGGUGAGAGCAGAGGCGAUUAUGUCAGGGAAUUCCUCAGGGUCGCGUCAAAGUUGCUUUGGAUUGAGCAUACCAUGGAUACCAAAGUCGGGAACGAGUAUAUCAGAGGUGUUUCGGGCGGCGAGCGCAAGAGGGUCAGCAUCGCCGAGGCUCUCAUUACCAGGGCCAGCGUCCAAGGCUGGGACAAUUCAAGCAAAGGCCUCGAUGCAUCGACCGCUGUGGAGUAUGUUCAGUCGUUGCGUGCCCUCACGAACAUGGCACAGGUUUCGACCGCUGUGUCACUCUACCAAGCCGGAGAAUCCCUAUACGAUCUUGUCGAUAAAGUGUUACUGAUCGACAACGGCCAAUGUUUAUACUUUGGUCCGUCCGACCGAGCUAAGCAGUACUUCCUUGAUCUCGGGUUUGACUGCCCGGAGCGGUGGACGACUGCCGACUUCCUCACGUCUGUUACCGAUCCCCACGAGCGCAGCAUUAGGCCUGGGUGGGAGGACCGGAUUCCGCGAUCCGCCGAAGAUUUUGCCAAUGUUUACAGGAAGAGCGAUGCCUACCGCCUAAACCUGGAGGAUAUGAAGGACUAUGAGACUCAUAUCGACGAACAACAACGUUCUCGGACAGGGAACCGGUCGAGGAAGAACGAGAAAAGGAACUAUACUAUACCCUUCCACCAACAAGUGAUAGCUCUCACUAAGCGGCAGGCUCUGGUUAUGUUGGGUGACAAGGCCUCUCUCAUAGGGAAAUGGGGUGGUAUCGUUUUUCAGGGCCUCAUCGUGGGAAGUUUAUUCUACAAUCUCCCGGAUACCUCGGCGGGUGCUUUCACUCGCGGGGGUGUGUUGUUUUUCAUUCUGCUGUUCAACGCCUUGCUGGCCCUUGCUGAACAGACGGCAGCGUUCAACUCCAAGCCUAUCCUCCUCAAGCACAAAAACUUCUCGUUUUACCGGCCGGCUGCGUACACCCUUGCACAGACAGUGGUGGAUGUGCCUCUAGUGCUCAUUCAAGUGCUGCUAUUUGAUAUUAUCAUAUACUGGAUGGCUGGACUAUCUGCCACCCCAUCUCAGUUCUUCAUCUCCGUGCUGAUUCUGUGGUUGGUCACCAUGACAACCUACGCCUUUUUCCGCGCCAUUUCAGCAGUCUUCAAGACCUUGGACGAUGCGACCAAGAUCACCGGCGUCGCGAUUCAAAUCCUCAUCGUCUACACCGGUUACCUAAUACCACCGUCCUCGAUGCACCCCUGGUUUGGCUGGCUACGAUGGAUCAACUGGCUCCAAUAUGGGUUUGAAAGCCUCAUGUCGAACGAGUUCUACAACCUACAACUAGAUUGUGUGCCCCCGUUCCUUGUCCCUGAGGGCCCUGGGGUCUCGUCACGAUACCAAUCGUGCACGUUAGCGGGAUCUAGCCCUGGAUCAACCGUCGUGGCCGGCGCCGCUUAUAUCCAACAGUCUUUUAGCUAUACGCGUACCCACCUCUGGCGUAACUUUGGCUUCCUAUGGGCUUUCCUCGGUUUCUUCCUAAUUGUAGGGAUGCUAGGCAUGGAAAUGAUGAAGCCGAAUGCCGGAGGUGCUGCCGUCACGGUGUUUAAGCGUGGGCAGGUGGCUAAGAAAGUUCAGCAGUCAAUUGAGACUGCCGCCCGCACGGGUGAUAAGGGCGACGAAGAAUCUGGCGAUGCUGGUGAGAAGUCCACACCCUCCGAACAGGGCUCCGCAGCGCGAGAAGGGAGUAGUGGAGACGCCUUGCAAAAUGUGGCAAAGAACGAGACUAUUUUCACGUUUCAGAACGUCAAUUAUACCAUCCCAUUCCAAGGUGGCGAGAGGAAGCUCCUGCAGAAUGUGCAGGGCUAUGUUAGGCCUGGUAAAUUGACGGCUCUCAUGGGAGCUUCUGGAGCUGGGAAGACAACCUUGUUGAAUACCUUGGCGCAAAGGACAAAUUUUGGCGUCGUUGCUGGCGAUUUCCUCAUCGAUGGCAGACCCCUUCCUAGGUCCUUCCAAAGGGCUACUGGUUUUGCGGAACAACUGGAUAUUCACGAGCCGACUGCGACGGUGCGCGAGGCCCUGCAGUUUUCUGCGCUCCUCCGCCAGCCGAAGGAGGUUUCGAGGAAAGAGAAGUACGAAUACUGCGAGACCAUCAUCGAACUUUUGGAAAUGCAGGAUAUAGCCGGAGCGACGAUCGGAACUGUCGGCGAGGGUCUCAACGCAGAGCAACGCAAGAGGCUCACCAUUGGUGUGGAACUGGCGUCUAAGCCGGAACUACUCAUGUUUUUGGACGAACCCACGUCCGGCCUAGACUCGGGAGCAGCAUUCAAUAUCGUGAGGUUCUUGCGGAAGCUAGCUGACGCCGGCCAAGCCAUUUUGUGCACAAUACAUCAGCCCUCGGCGGUCCUUUUUGAGAACUUCGACGAGCUAAUAUUGCUCAAGUCCGGAGGUCGCGUGGUGUACGCAGGGGACCUCGGAAAGGACAGCGAAACGUUGAUAGAGUAUUUCGAGUUGAAUGGAGGCUCAAAGUGCCCUUCGAAUGCGAACCCCGCUGAAUGGAUGUUGGAAGUCAUUGGGGCAGGAAAUCCAGAUUACAAAGGCCAAGACUGGGCUGACGUCUGGUUACAAUCCAAGGACUAUCAGGAGCAAUCCAAGGAAAUGGCAAGAAUGAUUGAACAGCGGCGAGGCAUACAGCACUCGAAGAAUAUCCGGGACAGUCGCGAAUACGCUAUGCCGUUGUGGACCCAGACGGCAGCAGUUGUCAAGCGUUCGUUCAUCGCCUAUUGGAGAACGCCAAACUACAUCAUGGGCAAGAUGAUCCUCCACAUCUUCACUGGUUUGUUCAACACAUUCACGUUCUGGCGUCUCGGAUCCGCUAGUAUCGACAUGCAAUCCCGCCUCUUCUCGGUAUUUAUGGUGCUGACGAUCUCGCCGCCAUUGAUUCAGCAACUUCAACCCGUCUUCCUCAACUCACGAAAUAUUUUCCAAUCUCGCGAGAACAAUGCCAAGAUAUACUCCUGGUUCGCCUGGACUACGGCCGCGGUACUGGUUGAAAUCCCGUACGCUAUUGUGGCGGGUGCUAUCUACUUCAACUGCUGGUGGUGGGGAAUAACAGGUUAUCAGAAGUUAGGUUUCCCCUCUGGCUUCGUCUUCCUCUGCAUGAUGCUUUUCGAGCUGUACUAUGUCGGGUUUGGCCAGGCAAUCGCAGCUUUCAGUCCCAAUGAGCUGCUAGCCAGUUUAUUUGUACCACUCUUCUUCCUCUUCGUCGUCUCCUUUUGCGGUAUUGUCGUGCCGGCGGCGCAGUUACCCACUUUCUGGCGCGAGUGGAUGUACUGGCUCACCCCCUUUCAUUAUCUGCUUGAGGCCUUCCUGGCUACCGCGAUCCACUCACAGGCCGUCGAGUGCGAUUCGGGAGAGUUCGCCCGCUUUUCGGCGCCACCGGGGCAGACUUGCGAAUCGUAUACCCGGAGCUACGUUGCGCAAGCGGGCGGGUACGUAAAUGUGGGCGUGGAUGGCCUCUGCGAGUUUUGCCAGUACGCCACUGGCGAUGAGUUCGGGAGACAGUUUAACGUUGAAUACGGCAAUAUCUGGCGUGAUUUCGGUAUCGUCUGCGGCUUCAUUGUAUUCAACUACCUCGUCGUCUACGUUUCAACGUACUUGAGAUUUCGAGGAAAUAAUCUCUUUGAUGGGUUGCUAAUGAAGAUGAAGCGGAGACGGACAUCAGAGUGAAAAUCAGGACAGCGCAACGAUGCUGUGUCAAGCGUCGAGGACAAAUCUUGAGAGGGGCCUAUAGACUAACGAGGGCAUCAGAGUCUCGGUUGCGUACUGGAUGGCGAGGUUUCCUAAGUAGAAGUCUCUGGAGACGGGAUAGGCAUGGAUGGAAGAUAUUCAAGUUUAGGGUAUCUUUGAACAAAAAGAGUAUGGUUACGAAAUCCUAGGGCUCCCAGACGUUUCAUCAGAGCAAUCCUAUGUAAUUCCCCGCACUACUUACUACUUCUGUCGCUCUUCGCAAUGGUUAGAUGC